CCGCUCCUGGUCUGUGGAGAAGUUUUGGGUCCAGUCUGCAAGCAGCUACCUGCCAGGCUACGAAUGUCUGAUUGACAGAUUAGUUUGUUCAAGCAGGAAAAGUCUUGCUGAAGAGGAGAGCUGCCAUCCAGAGAGCUCUUACAGCUGCACUGGCCUUCAUGCUGAAUGUCUUUGGGUGGGGAAGGAAGGGGGCAUGCAAGUGGAAAUGACAAGCUCUUUCUCCCCAUCUUCUUCCUGGAGGAGGACAGUGGCAUUUUUGUAUCUCCCAGCAUUGCUCUCACCUUUUGCUUGUUUUUAAGCUGGCAGAAAGAGCUGGAGUUUACCGGUGCCCUCCUUUCUUUUUGUCUGCCGAUCUCCUGGUUACCGUAAAGCCACUGCAGCACAGGGACUUCAGGCCUGGAUCGGGUGGCAAUUCUGCAUUUCACACCGCUGCUGCCACCUCCCUGGCAGGCUCCCUCCCCAGGCAGUGCCUCGCAGCUGCUUACUGGUGCUGGGCAGGGAGCGGUGGGGAGCCCCUCGCUCCUCCUCCAGCCCUCCUCUGAGAUGAGAGCAUCCCCUGCAGCUUCCUCCUUGCCUCCAGCCUGGCAUUCCCCCCGCCCCCUCCUUGAGAUCCAAUAUAUAUCUAUCCUUAAACACUAUGCAACUUUGUACGUUUGCGUAGCGGGGAAGAAAUUAUUAUCUGACACACACUGGUGCUAUUAAUUAUUUCAAAUUUAUAUUUUUUUGUGUGAAUGUGAUUUUUUUUUCCGUUUUUUUAUUAUGAUUAUAGUGUGAGGAAGUCUCUCGUGUGUGCGUAUGUGUGUGUAAAUAUAUUCAGCCAUAUUUCCAGAGUGGCACAGCCUGGCCUCCUCCAUGUGCUUUCCCUUAUAGCCAUCAGGGUGCGUGCACUGUGUAUUGCUUCUCUCCGUAUUAUUCCCUUAGAGCUUGGCAUUUCUCCUAGCUGGGCUCCCCUUUCUUCCCUAGCCCAUAUCCUCUGCACCCGUAUGGGCAUCAGCAACAGCCAUGUUGCCUGUCGGGUGGAUGCUUCCUAGCCCUCCCUCCAAAGCCAGCCCUGAUGCGCGGUGUUCACAGCACCCCAUUUUGUGUCCCUUGUCCCUGGGGAUGUUGUGUCAGGAGGAGAGCAGGGGCUGUGGCUUUGCAGCUGGGCUGUGAGGAACUGUAGGGCUGUUGGGAGACUGGAUCCAGUUUUGAGGUGGUUGGAGAGCUGGAUUUGGGGACAUGUUGAUACCGCUGUGUGAGGCGGGAGGCUUGGUGCACCCUUGGGAGCGGCGCUGCUGGGCAGGGGCGGGGUGUUCCCAGCAAACCCUACAUCACUCUUGUACCCUUCUCUUAGAGAUUCUUACAAUUUACCAGCUUGGGAUUUCUCCCUGACUGCAAACAUAACCUAUUACCUGGAGGAGAGCUUACCUGUGCUCGCCGCCGUGCGUGGGAUGUCGAGGUCGGUGUCCUGGCCGGCUGCUCUGGUCAGAUGGCUGGCUGUAACCGCGUCACCUCUCUGCCAAGGCUGUGAGAAGAGCAGAUGCGAAGAAGCACGCAUGCCCUGGCUGACCUCAGGCCUAAGCAGAGGAAAAUGCACGUGUCUCAUUAACUUGCAUCAGAGCUAAGCCCUUCUCAAUUGGUUAUAAAGCAGAUUCUAUCGGAUCAGUGUGCUGGCCCGAAGCCUGCUCUGAGAAGCCCGGAGCACCCAUCUGGCGAUGGAGAGACUGAAGUCCAGGCUUUAUUGCUGCACUGCAUAUUUGGUGAUACUGGCACAGCAGGAUCCCUGAUUUGCCAUGCCGAAGAAGUCCCGGGUGGCAGGAUAAAGGUCUGCUGCUGGACUGGAGGAGAAACUCCUCAGGCUUGAAGAGGCUGGCGGUGAGUGGGUGCAUGCAUGCAGCGGCAGCAGGAAGGAAAGUGAGUGAGCAAACAGAGAACAGCUCAAGAUAAGCUGCUGCCUGACAAACCCUGCAGGAGACGUGAGGCCACCCACGGAAGCAGCCCAGGACCAGAGCUGCAGGAGGAUGUUGCAGCCCAGAAGGUCCCUUGUGGAGGGAGGUGUGGGUUUGCCAGGGACAAGCUGGGCUACAAGGACACGCGGAAGGUUAGAUGUGCCCUGCCUUGCCACUGGGUAGUCUUUAUCUUGGCAUUGUUUGUCAUGAGCCACCAAAAUGUGUUUUCUUCCUUAGUUACAGCAAUAAAACUACUGCUUUGGGCCCUUCACACAUCCAUCCCUUGCCACCGGCAACCGUCAGCAAAAUUCAGAUUAUGUGGAUCCAGACUAUCUUUGGAGUGGUUAAUUCUGCGAUGGCCAUGACCUCAAGGACUGAUAAACUUGCCAGCCCCUGCAGUGGUCUCUCUGCCAUAGCAGCUUGCUUAGCCCCGUUAUGAAGAUGAGCGUAGGACAUCUUCAGAAGGGCACCCCUUAUGUUGCAAGUUAAAAGACCCAGGUUCUCCAGUGAAGAAACACUGAUUCGUUGCAAUGUCUGAUGAAUGCCGCCAUUCUUCGUGCCUCCCAUCACUUGCAGGUCUGCUCACCUGCUAAAAGUCUGUGACUGCAAUGGGAUGUCCAGGCAGUGCAUCUUCGACUGGCACCUCCUGAGGGAGACAGGGAACGGCUACCGCUGCCUUGGCUGCCUGGGCAACACGGAGGGCGCCCACUGCGAGCGCUGCAAGGAGGGCUUCUUCCGACAGCGGGAGGACGACUGCUGCCUGCCCUGCCACUGCCACCCUCAGGGUGCCCUUGGCCCACAGUGUGAUAGUCAUGGCCGGUGCAGCUGCAAACCUGGCGUGAUGGGCAAGAAGUGUGACCAGUGCCAGCCGGGCUUCACGUACCUCUCUGAGGCCGGGUGCCGGAGGAAUGGGCAGAGCCCGCAGUGUGAGUGCGACCCGGCUGGCAGCACAGGCUGCUGCCUCUCUGGCCGCUGUGUCUGCAAGGCGAGCACCACCGGAGAGCGCUGCGAGAGGUGCAAGCAAAACUUCUACAACUUGGAUGCCAGAAACCCCGCAGGAUGCUCCCCCUGCUUUUGCUAUGGGCACUCGGCUGUGUGUGUCAGCGCAGACAACUACAGUGUCUAUAACAUCACCUCCACCUUCCAGCAAGGUGCUGAAGGCUGGCGAGGCAUCCAUGAAAGCAGGUCCCCAGCCCAGCUCCAGUGGUCCCCACGCCAUCAGGACACCUUCAUAGUAGCGAGGAGGUCGGAGCCAAUAUACUUUGUGGCGCCUGCGAAAUUCCUUGGGAACCAGCAGCUGAGCUAUGGCCAAACGCUCUCCUUUGAUUACCGCCUGGACCGAGGGGGACGCCAGCCAUCUCCGCACGAUGUGGUCCUGGAAGGAGAUGGCCUGAGAGUCACUGCCCCCUUCUUACCCCAGGGGAAUGUCCUGCCCUGUGGCGUCAGCCAAACAUACACAUUCAGGUUGGAUGAGCACCCAAGCAGCAAGUGGAGCCCAAGGCUGAAUCACUUUGAAUAUCGCAGGCUGCUGGGAAACCUGACAGCUCUCUGGAUCCGAGCCACCUUUGGGGAGUACAGCACCGGCUACAUUGACAACGUCACCCUGGUGUCGGCACAGCCCAGCUCCGGAGUCCCUGCUCCCUGGGUGGAGCGCUGCGAGUGCCCAGUGGGCUACCAGGGUCAGUUCUGUCAGAGGUGUGCCCCUGGUUACCGCAGAGAUGCCCCUGGCCUGGGCCCAUUCAGCAUCUGCGUGUUGUGCAAUUGCCAGGGGGGAGGAAUUUGUGAUCCCGACACAGGUGAAUGCUACUCAGCAGACGAAAACGUGGGCAAUAGUGUCAGCUGCUCCUUUGGCUUCUACCGAGACCCCCGGCAGCCACACGGCUGCAGGGCAUGCCCCUGCGGCAAUGGCCAAGGCUGCUCGGUGGUGCCGGGCAGUGAGGAGGUCAUCUGUGACCACUGCCCUCCUGGAGCUGCUGGGGCUAACUGUGAGUACUGUGCCGACGGCUACUUUGGAGACCCAGCAGCUUUCCGGCCCUGCCAGCCAUGUCGGUGCAAUGGCAAUGUGGAGCCCAACGCUGUGGGGAACUGCGACCGCCGGACAGGCGAGUGCCUCAAGUGCAUCUACAACACCACAGGCUUCUACUGUGACCGCUGCAAAGACGGCUUCUAUGGGAAUCCCCUGGCCACUGAUCCUGCCGACAAGUGUCAAGCCUGUGCCUGCAACUCAGCCGGCGCUGAGCCUGUGAAGUGUGGAAGUGAUGGGAGCUGCAUCUGCAAGCCUGGCUUUGAGGGUCCCAACUGUGAAGAGAGUGAGUGCCCGGCUUGCUACAGCCAGGUGAAAGCCCAGGUGGACAUGUACCUGCAGCAGCUGGUGGAGUUGGAGCUGCUGUUCUCAGAAGUGCAAGCUGGCGGUGGGGCUGAGAGCCAGGAGCUGGAGGGGAGGAUGAAGCUGGCUGAGGAGAUGCUGCAGGCCAUCCUUGGGGAAGCCCUGAGCUUGCAAGCCUCUGACAGGUCUCUGGAAAGCCGCUUGGCCAGGAUGAAGGGGCAAGGGUCCAGCUCCCAGAGACGCUUGGAUGAGAUCAAGGCAACAGUGGAGAGGCUGAGGUCUCUUGGGAGCCAGUACGAGAGGCAGGUGCAGGACACCUGGCAGCUGCUCGAGAGAGCCAGGCUGGACCUGGACCACAGCGGAGCCGCUCUGCGUCGGGUGACCAUUCCUGUUUCAAACCUUCCCGGGGGCUCAAAUCAGUUCUUGAUACUGGCCCAGGAGGCUCUGAGACUGGCAAACAGCCACCUGCAAGCCGCCAACACCAUUGAGCAAGCCACGAAGGCAGCGUGGGAGGACGCGCGGCAGGCGCUGGAGCUGGUGCGUGCGGCUGCUGGCAGAGAGGCGUCCACCUCCGGCUCCCUGCAAGGGCUGCUCGGGAAGUACGAGGAGCUGAAGUUGCUGGCUGGAGACCUGAAGUCUGAGGCCGAUGGGAUGGCCUCCAAGGCAGAUGGGGCUUAUCAGGGAAGCCUGGUGCUCCUCAACUCCCUGUCCCGCUUGACGAAGACUGACAUCAGCUCCUUUGAGGGGGAGGCAACCCGGCUGAAGCAGGAUGCCAGUGCUCUCCUGAGCCUGGUGGACACCUACAUGGCACAGUACAGGCAGCUGCAGAGUCGCAUGGGGCGCUGGGAGGAAGAAAUCAAGCAGCUGCUGCAGAGGGGAGAGGGCAAGAGAGCGAUGCUGACACAGCUGCUGUCCCGAGCCAACCUUGCCAGGAGCACAGCCCUGCAAGCCGUCAGCGCUGGCAACACCACCUUCUACGAGGUGGAACAGAUCCUGAAGAGUCUCCGGGAGUUUAACCUGCAAGCAGAUGACAAGAGAAGGGAAGCUGAAGAUGCCAUGAGGAGGCUACCGAUUAUAAGCAGCAUGGUCGCAAGUGCCAAGGAGAAGACGGACCGAGCUGAAGCAAUCCUGGGCAGUGCUGCUUCUGAAUCUAAGGCAGCCAGCAGUGUGGCAGGGGAAGCGAAGGAGAUCACCAUGGGGAUCCAGCAGGAGAUCACACGGCUGAAGAUGGAAGCUAACAAGACAGCCGAUGGUGUCCUCGCCCUAGAGAAGGCAGUGGCCACCCUGCAGCGCGAGGCCAAGGAAGUGGAUGGCGAAUUUGAGAGGAAGCUCUCGGAGGUUGAGGCGGAUGCUUCUGUGAUACAGGAGACAGCUCAGGAAGCUCAGAGGGUCCACACCAAGGCUGGCCAGGCACGGGUGGUCAUGCAGGAGACAUUGAGUGCCCUGGAAGAGCUGCUGCAUCUGAUGAACCAGCCUGGUGCCAUGGAUGAGGAUGGCCUGAGGCAGCUCGAGGUGAAUUUUAGCAAAGCCAAAACCAGAAGCAACCAGCUGAAGGAUGAGAUGUCAGAGCUGGAGCAGACAGCCACGCUACAUAAGGCCCGGGUGCAGACACUGGAGAGCAGCAUUGACGAGAUCCUGGCAGAUAUUAAGAACCUGGAGGACAUCCAGAGGAGUCUUCCUCCAGGCUGCUACAACACAAAAGCCAUUGAAUUGCCAUGAGCGAGUUCUGGAAAGGCUGCAGCGCCUGCCAGGCUGUGAAAGCAGGAGCGCCUGGCCCAGCUGCCCUCCCCAAACCCGGCAGGACCGGCUAUGUUUGACUGUGUUGAACUGAUCCUUACCCUCAAGUUCAGUGUGGUGGCUGAAGUUCACAUCAUCAGGAUGGCCCUGGAGAGUCCCUGAAUUUUCAAAGUAGUCCGUCCCUCAGUCACAGGAGUAAGGAGAUGCCUGGUUGCAUGAAGGUGCUACUGGCUGAAGAACAGUCUGUUCCUACAAUGUUUCUCUGAGGUGUAGGCGGGGGUUGCUUGGUGUCAACCUUGGGAGUUUGCACAGUUCAGAGCCUGAAGUUCACGUCUGAGAGGUUCUCCACCCCCUGUGGAUCCCCUUGCCUGGUCUGUCACACACAGGACUAGAGUCUCUGUCCUUACUUUUGACACUGCCACCACCACCUCCUCUUCAUGUUCUCUGUGGGGUCUUCCUCGCCUUCGGUAGCUCAGGAGGCAGGGAGCGAGCUGCGUGAAGUGGCAGCUGGGGGAGAUGAGUUUUGAGCUGUGGCAUCAGUGAUGCUUCACACGGCUUUCUCCUCACCUUCUCACAGCCUGCCCAGUCUUCACCUUGCUGGGAGUGGUGCUGUUGUGGUUUUUCUGUGGCUUGGAGAUUUGGCAUCAGGUGCCACUGAUGCCCCUUUUCAUAAAGCUGCAGGUCUUCCAUGGUGCUUCUCAAUUAGGUGGUCGCUGUUUUGCUAAAGGGGAAAAAAAAAAAAUGUCCCAGCUGCCUUUGAGCUCAGAGUGAUGUGCUGGAUGGAGGAAGAAGGGGAUCCCAGGCUAGCAGGUUAGCGGAGAGCUGUUGGGGCUCCUCAAAUAGAAAGUCUUUCCUGCUCUACCUGUUCCCUUCAGCCAGGAGGGGAGAACCCCUUUCUCCCACACUUCAAGUCCCAAAGCCCCUGAGGGAUGGCUUUCUUGUCAGAGCUCCUCCUGGGCAAGCACAGGUCUCCCUACCAUCCCCAUACACACCCAAGUGCACCCUUUCCUUUCAAGACCGGCCAGUUUGGUACCAGGCAGUUUCCUGGGUCUCCCAGAACCUGGGAGAAGCAAGGUGGUGGCCCCUCAGCACAAGCACCCAGGACCGUGCAGUGCUUGUCACAGGAAUGGCGGCUUUCUCCAGGGGUCUGCAGCUACAAGCUCUCAUGUCUGAGAGCCGGGUCCCAUCCUGCUGGAGUACUAGUGCCUUGAUGUGAUUCAUUAUAAAAUAUUGACGAGGUCUUGAAUGCAUCUCUGCCUCUGGUUUGGUGCUGCCCAUUCCCUCCUCCAUCCCUCCCUCCCUCCUGCAUGGUGCUGGAUGUUUCUCAGAGGCUCAAGUAGUUGUCCACAGGGUUUCCCACUGUACAUUUGAGCAGAACUUGGAGGAGCUGAAGACUAUGGUGCUCCCUUCACCCAGUUGUGGCUUUCCUGUGGGUCCAGCUCCACUCUGACACUGCUCCCAGCUUCCUUUACAUGCUGUUUUAGGGGAAAGAGGAGCUAGCAGGUGCUGGGCGUCAAGUCUGCUGAAGCCCUCUGUCCUGUGUGGUGCUGAAAGAGGAGGUCCUGGAUGGAGGAGGACAUUUUGGGGACAGGCU